AUGGCGGACUUAGUGAAGCAAAUCUUGGCAAAACCAAUCCAAUUAGCUGACCAAGUGAUUAAGGUGGCUGAUGAGGCGAGUUCUUUUAAGCAAGAAUGUGGAGAACUCAAAUCCAAGACUGAAAAAUUAGCAGCCCUUCUUCGGCAAGCGGCUAGAGCUAGUUCUGAUCUAUAUGAGCGCCCCACUCGCAGAAUCAUAGACGAUACUGAACAAGUUCUUGACAAGGCCUUGACUCUUGUGAUCAAAUGCCGAGCUAACGGACUGAUGAAACGUGUUUUUACUAUCAUUCCUGCUGCUGCUUUUCGAAAAAUGGCCUCUCAGUUGGAGAAUUCUAUUGGAGAUAUGUCUUGGCUAUUGCGUGUGUCAGCACCAGCUGAUGAUCGUGAUAAUGAGUACUUGGGGCUGCCUCCUAUUGCUGCAAAUGAGCCAAUUUUGUGUUUGAUAUGGGAGCAGAUUGCGAUUCUUUAUACCGGGUCUGUUGAUGACAGAUCUGAUGCUGCUGCUUCGCUUGUUUCGCUUGCUAGAGAUAAUGAUCGGUAUGGGAAGUUGAUUAUUGAAGAGGGUGGAGUUCCACCUUUGUUGAAGUUAGUGAAAGAAGGGAAAAUGGAAGGCCAAGAGAAUGCUGCAAGAGCAAUUGGUUUGUUAGGUCGCGACCGGGAAAGCGUGGAGCAUAUGAUUCAUGCUGGUGUCUGUUUAGUGUUUACGAAAAUACUCAAAGAAGGUCCUAUGAAAGUUCAGGUUGUUGUGGCUUGGGCUGUGUCGGAACUUGCUGCCAAUUAUCCUCAAUGUCAAGAUCUUUUUGCUCAGCAUAACAUAAUCCGGCUGCUCGUUAGUCAUAUUGCGUUCGAGACGGUUCAAGAGCACAGUAAGUAUGCUAUUGUCAGUAAGGCUACUUCGAUUCAUGCUGUUGUUAUUGCUAGUAAUAAUUCGAAUGUUGCUGAUGAUGUAAAUAAGCAAGUGGUUGAUGAGGAUCAAAGUCGAAUUCCUCAUCCUAUGGGAAAUAAGAGCCCGAAUCAAUUGCUUAAUGUGGUCACCAAUACUAUGGCAAUGAAUGCUGCAACCAAGCGGUCUCUACAGAAGCCAGGGGCCAAUGCUAAUGGUGCUGCUCAAACAAACAUUGCCAAGAGUAAUGGUAGCAACAAUUUGAAGCAAAAUUAUCAGUCCCAUCAUCAACAUAAUCAUUCAAUUUCGGGGGUUAGUAUUAAGGGGAGGGAGCUUGAAGACCCUGCUACGAAGGCCAAUAUGAAAGCAAUGGCAGCUAGAGCACUUUGGCAUCUUGCCAAGGGAAACUCUCCCAUUUGCCGCAGCAUAACUGAAUCGAGAGCGCUCCUGUGUUUUGCAGUUUUGUUAGAGAAGGGACCUGAAGAUGUUCAAUACAAUUGCGCCAUGGCAUUAAUGGAAAUCACAGCAGUUGCGGAGAAAGACGCUGAUCUGAGAAGGUCAGCAUUUAAGCCUAAUUCACCGGCUUGCAAAGCUGUUAUUGAUCAAAUGUUGAAGAUCAUUGAAAAAGCUGACACUGAACUCCUUAUUCCUUGCAUGAGAGCUAUUGGGAAUUUGGCAAGAACAUUUCGAGCAACAGAGACAAGGAUGAUUUCCCCAUUGGUUAAACUUCUUGAUGAGCGAGAAGCAGAGGUUACUAGGGAGGCUGCAAUCGCUCUCACAAAGUUUGCCUGCAAAGAAAACUACCUUCACGUUGACCACUGCAAGGCCAUUAUAAGUGCUGGAGGGGCAAAGCACUUAAUCCAGCUCGUUUACUUUGGUGAACAAAUUGUUCAACUCUCAGCACUGCCUCUCCUAUGCUACAUGGCAUAUCAUGUGCCGGAUAGCGAGGAGCUUGCACGGGCUGAGGUGCUCACUGUCCUAGAAUGGGCAUCCAAGCAAUCUUACAUGGUCCAAGAUGAAACAUUGGACACAUUGCUGCCAGAGGCUAAAAGUAGAUUGGAGCUUUAUCAGCCCAGAGGUUCAAGGGGAUUCCAUUGA